CUGGAAUCUGAUUGGCUAUCGUAGAGUAGGCGUCAUCUCCUUGUAGUCAGGAAGUGCCUGUGUCCGUCUGGUGGUGGAGGGCACAGCGGAGGAUUCCUCCGUGUUCUCCGCCAUGAGCUCUCCGGCGCUGCGUGAAUGCCUGCGGGAAUGGGACGACUUGCAGGAACACUACCAGGAGAUCCAGGAGUCUCAUCGCUUAUAUAAGCAGAAGUUGGAGGAACUAACCAAGCUCCAGAGUCGAUGCUCUAACUCUAUUUCCCGACAGAAGAAGAAACUAAAAGAGCUAUCAACAGAACUAAAAAAGUGUAAAGCCACAGAAGAAAAAGACGACUACCAAGUUAAGGAGAUCUUUGAUCAUAUGAAGAGUCGAGAAAAAACAUUCUUUGAGAUGGAAUCUUUCCUUCCCAAAAAGAAUGGAUUAUACUUGAGUCUUGUAUUGGGCAAUGUGAACGUGACUCUCCUGAGCAAGCAGGCUAAGUUUGCAUACAAGGAUGAGUAUGAGAAGUUCAAGUUGUAUCUCACUAUGAUUCUAAUGGUGCUGUCCUUUAUCUGUCGCUUCAUUCUGAAUUCGAGGGUAACGGACGCUGUGUUCAACUUUCUACUUGUUUGGUAUUACUGUACCCUAACAAUUCGGGAAAGCAUUUUAAUCAACAAUGGAUCCAGAAUUAAGGGCUGGUGGGUUCUGAAUCAUUAUAUCUCUACGUUCCUCUCUGGAGUCAUGCUAACCUGGCCAGAUGGGUUAAUGUACCAGAUGUUCAGAAACCAAUAUCUCUCUUUCUCCAUGUACCAAAGUUUUGUCCAGUUCCUGCAGUAUUACUACCAAAGUGGCUGUCUGUAUAGACUCCGCGCUCUUGGAGAAAGGCACAAUAUGGACUUGACAGUGGAGGGGUUCCAGUCCUGGAUGUGGAGAGGUUUGACCUUUCUAUUGCCAUUCCUAUUCUUUGGUCAGUUCUGGCAGCUAUACAAUGCCAUCACACUCUUCCAGCUGGCCCGGCUCCCAGAGUGCAAGGAGUGGCAGGUCGCCAUGUGCAUCCUCCCGUUCCUCAUUCACUUUUUGGGGAAUUUUUUCACCACCCUGCGUGUCGUCCAUCAGAAAUUCCAGAAACAAAAUGAAGGGCAGAAGGAAAAGUAAAGACAAGGGCAGAAGCCUGAGUGAACUCGGGACUGAUCCGUCCAAAGCUACCAGUGGUCCUCACACUUUACACAGUAACAGGAGAUGUCUCCUGGCUUAUACAUGUUUUCAUUCUGUUCGUAUGAAUGUUUGAAAUCCUUUGGAAAGUGGCUCUCCAUUUCUUAGUUAAUUAUUUAUACUGAGGGUUCGCUAUGUUUUUUUUUUUUUUUAUUUUGUCCAAUCAUCUUUUAAUAAUGUAAAAAUGUUCUCAUACUCCAUGGUCCUUUUAAGGAGUAGCCCUGGGACUAAAAUUAUUAUUGAGGCAAUUGCACAGUGUUUCCAAAUCUUUGGAAAUGAUUACUUAAAAUGGCCAACAUGCAAUCAUAUACAGAUAAACCCUUAAUAUUGGAUGUGUGUUAAAAAUGAUCAUUGCUGUAUUCCACACAUCAGUUUGGAAACAGCAAAUGCGUAAUGUUAAUUUUUUACUAGCCCAGACCCAUUCAGUAGCAAGAACAGGUCUUGUUCUUCCUGCCGUGAGUCUGCACUCCAGAAAAUGUACGCCUGCACUCCUGGUCCUGUAAUAAACCUUUACAGAAA